AUGCUGACCCCAAUCAGCCAGACGUCGUCUUUUUCAGCCACGUCGGCUCUCACUAGCGUAGGUCCGUCGUCGUACAGGGAUCGAACAGCAGAGCUCUUCGCCAUCGCAGAAGGCCUUCAAAAAGCGCCGCCACUGCCAGGAGCCGCCAAUGGCGAUGUUACCAGUGGUUUCGCGCGAUCAUCGGAUAAGAGCCUCGCGACCGUUCCCGUCGGCGGGUCUCCCGGCGGAAUCGCCGGUGCAGGCGGUCCGGGAGCCAGCUCUGCCGCGUCUGCCGUUCAAUCAGAGUUCAACCGGAGAGCGUCGCGAAUCGGGUUGUGUAUUCACCAGACGACGCAGAAGCUGCAGAAGCUUGCCAAACUGGCCAAGAGAACUUCGAUGUUCGAUGAUCCAACGGCGGAGAUUCAAGAUCUAACGGCGGUGAUCAAGCAGGACAUCACGGCGUUGAAUGCGUCGAUCUCAGACCUUCAAGCGCUCUGCGAGGCACAGGCCGAGGCCAGCGGCGGAAAGAAGGGUCAGAACCGGCACACGAGUGAGCACAGCAACACGGUCGUGGAUAAUCUCAAGAGCCGCCUCAUGAACACCACCAAGGAGUUUAAAGACGUCCUUACAAUGCGAACCGAGAACCUCAAGGUCCACGAGAACAGGCGCCAGCUCUUUUCCGCAACGUCGGGGAUCGCGGGUGCGUCUGGCGCGCGGCAGCGGCCAGCAGCUGCCGCGCUCUCCGCCGCCCCACCCCCCUGGGCCGCAGCCUCUGGCGCGUCCUCGGCCACUUCUGCAUCACAACUAUUCAGCAACACUCCCAGCACGAGGAGGAGCCACCCGUUUGACCCGCUGCAGCAGCAGGGGCAGCAGCAGGCGCUGAUAGCGCAGCAGGACUUGUACAUGAGCAGCCGGUCUGAGGCGCUGCAGAACGUGGAAACCACCAUCGUGGAGCUCAGCACAAUAUUCCGAGACCUUGCCACCAUGGUGGCGCAGCAAGGGGAAAUGGCCAUUCGUAUCGAUCAAGACAUGGACGACACUCUGGCGAAUGUGGAGGGAGCACAAGGCGCGUUGCUCAAGUAUCUUAACAAUAUUUCGUCCAACCGAUGGCUCAUUAUCAAGAUCUUCUUUGUGCUUAUUAUCUUCCUCCUCAUCUUUGUUGUGUUUGUGGCAUAG